AUGCGUUUCUGUCGGAGUCCGAUCUGGGAUCACUCGUUUUGGAGGGGUGACAAGGCUCCCGUUUUGACGCCAUGCCUCGAAAACGUUCUCGUGACGCUACCCGGCGUGUUCAUGCUGUUCGGCGGACUCCUUCGCCUGUGCUACCAAGGCACCGGACAGAACAAAAACCCACCGAUCACGAUCCUGCACCUGUGUAAGAUAAUCACGAGCGUCGUGUUGGCUCUUCUUCAUCUGUGCAGCAUUCUCCUGAUGACGGGAAGCUCCGAUACGGUGUCCGACUUCGCCUGCGGCAGCUUGCGAUGUCUCAGUUUCGCAAUGACGGUCAUAGUCCAAACAGCUGACCGCCGGAAGAGCAUCGCAAGUUCUACGUUCCUGGUGCUGUUCUGGGUACUGUGCAUCGUGUGUGAAGUUCCAAUCUACUACAGAUGCUUGCUCAUCGUGUUCGGUUAUCACGAAGUUGAAGCCAGUCCUCCAUCGGUUCCGGAGUUCGUGGUCAUUUUGAGCGCGUAUCCUCUGCUUCUGGUCCAGCUCGUUUUGGCGGCAUUUUCUGAGGAUCUUACUUCGGACGGCUUCGGACCGCGGAAGAGGAACCCAUUCUACGCAGCCUCGCCAAUAUCUAAAGUCCUGUACGGAUUCUUCACCGAUCUGGUGAUGAAAGGCUACCGGAAAGCUCUUGCAGUCAGCGAUCUUCCGCCUCCACUGGAUGAAAUGACAUCGAAACACUGCUAUGACCGAUGGAAGAAAACGGUCAAGAGAUAUGAAGCCGCGGGGGAAAACGUCAGCCUCCUCAAAUCGAUGCUCAGGACCUACUGGAGGGACAUAGUGAAGGCCUGGCUGGUGGCGUGGAGUUUCUGCUCGAUCCGAGUGCUAUCGUUCCUCGCCUUGAAUGAAUUGAUUCUCUUCCUCAGUACGUCGGAUCAGCCGACUUGGAAGGGCUGCGCUUACUCGCUGAUAAUUUUCUUCGCAUACACCUCAUCGUCGCUCAUGAUUCGCUGGGCGGAUUACUUUGCUGUCAACUUGGGACUGAAGUUGAAAGCGGUUCUCAUCAGCGCCAUUGUGAGAAAAUCGCAUCGCAUCAGCAGCGCUGAGCUCGGCAAGUACACCGUCGGUGAAAUGGUGAAUCUGCUCUCGGUGGACGCAGAUAAAAUCAAUCAAUUCUCCUUCUACGUCGCCAUCAUGACUGGUUGUCCAUUCUACAUUACGCUGUGCACUAUAAUGUUGUGGAGAUUCCUCGGACCGGCCUGUCUCGUCGGGAUCUCCGUCAUCGUGGUAAUGAUGCCCUUGACGGGCACGGUCGCAUCGUGGACCCGGAAAGUUCAAGCGCAACAAAUGAACUUCAAAGACUCUCGCUUGAAGUACAUCAGCGAAAUUCUCUCCAGCAUCAAAAUCAUCAAGUUCUACGGCUGGGAACCGCCUUUCAUCAGCCGGGUGCGCUGUGUCCGCUAUGACGAAAACGUUCUCUUGAAGAAAAUGGCUUAUCUGAUAGCGACCCUACGCUUCUUUUGGUCGACCACGCCGUUCCUGGUGUCCCUGUUCGCUUUCGUGGCGUAUCUUUACGUGAACGGUUUCGUAGUCAUUGAAACAAAUGUAGCGUUCGUCUCGCUCAGUCUCUUCAACAGCAUGCGAUUCUCGCUCUCAAUCAUCCCUGACGUGAUUUCGAACGCGGUGCAGACCUGGGUCUCCCUGCGAAGAAUCGAAAAAUUCCUCAACCUGAAAGACUUGACCAAGAAUCUGAUCGGCGAUCAGCCGGGCGAUGGAAAUUCGCUACGCUGGGCGGGCGCCACCCUGCAAUGGAGCGACUCCUCGGAUAAGCCCGCCUUGGAGAAUGUUCAUCUAGAAAUCAAAACCGGAGAGCUCGUAGCGAUUGUCGGAAAAGUCGGUGCCGGAAAGUCGUCCCUCCUAUCGUCGGUCCUCGGCGAUCUACAUUUGAAACACGGAAGAGUCGAUCGGAACGGCUCGCUAGCCUAUGUGCCCCAACAAGCAUGGAUUCAAAACGCAACAAUCAAGGAUAAUAUUCUUUUCACGAGAAGCUUCGAGCGGCAGCAUUACCGUCAGGUGGUGGAGAAAUGUUGCUUAGCAGAGGAUCUGAAGGUUCUGCCCGGCGGGGAGCGGACCGAGAUCGGUGAAAAAGGCGUGAAUUUAUCCGGGGGACAAAAACAACGCAUCUCGUUAGCUCGCGCGGUUUAUCAAAAUAAAGAUGUGUAUCUCUUGGACGAUCCAUUGAGCGCCGUCGAUGCCCACGUUGGAUCAGCUAUAUUCAGGGAUGUCAUCGGAAACUGCGGCAUGCUGAGAUCGAAAACUCGAAUAUUCGUCACCAAUAUGCUCUCAAUCCUCCCGUUCGUUGAUCGGAUCGUGUUCCUCAAAGACGGGAGGAUCGUUGAGCAGGGUACUUACAUCGAUUUGAAAAACUCGACGGCGGAGUUCGCAGAUUUCCUCAAAGAGCAUGCGAGCAGCUCGAGUCAAAACCAAACGAGAAUCGAUCCAGAAUCGAGCCCCGUCUCCCCGAAUCAGAGAUCCAUGAGCAUAAGCUCCAUCGAAAGCACCAGAGAAGCGAACGAUGCACUGAUUAUGGAGGAAGUCAUGGAGUCGGGGAAUGUGAAGUUCUCCGUUUAUCGUCGGUAUUUCUCGAAAGUGGGUUCGCUCCUAUGUUUGUCGAUAAUUAUCGGUUUUGCUGGAGCCCGGACAUUCGAUGUGAUGGCCGGAUUAUGGCUGAGCGAAUGGUCGAGAAACGACGCGAAGGAAGAAAACGGGACCAGCUCAAUAGACGAGGAGCAAUACGCCACGCGCACAAAACGGAUUCUCAUCUAUGCAGCUCUAGGUUUCCUCUACGGAGCUUUUUCAUUCCUUGGGACGGCUUGCCUCGCUAACGGUACCGUGAACGCCGCGAGGAAACUCCACAACGCCAUGCUGGACUCGGUCAUCAGGGCUCCGAUGAGUUUUUUCGACACGACACCACUGGGCAGACUCCUGAAUCGAUUCGGAAAAGACGUAGAUCAACUCGAUAUCCAGCUACCCGUCGUGGCGAACUUAUUUUUCGAGAUGUUCUUCCAGCUGAUGGGAGUCCUGGUCCUGAUCGCGUACAACGUUCCAGUGUUCCUGAUCUUCUCCUCGCCAUUGCUUGUGCUGUACUUCAUAUUCCAGAGACUGUACAUGACGACGAUACGUCAAAUCAAACGCCUCGAGUCCGUCACCCGUUCUCCAGUCUACAACCAUUUCAGCGAGUCGCUGAACGGACUGAGUAGCAUUAGAGCCUACGGUGCUCGCAGCGAGUUUGUUAAAAAGUCCGACGAAAAGGUCGACGUCACACAGAACUGCAGUUAUCUACUUUUUAUCGGGAAAAUGUGGCUGGGAACGAGACUGGACAUCGUAUCGCACUUCAUGGUUCUCGUUUCCAAUAUCCUGAUUGUGACCCAGCAAGGCAUCAUUCACCCAGGGGUGGCGGGAUACAUCGUGUCCUACUCGAUAGGGACAUCGUUCGCCUUCAAUUUCAUCGUUCACUACGCGUCCGAGGCGGAAGCCGCCAUAGUCGCCUCGGAACGGCUGGAAGAAUACUCAGAACUCGAUCCGGAAGCUCCGUGGGAAACUGACGAGAAACCUCCGCGGGAUUGGCCAGCCGCUGGAGAAAUCGAAUUCCAGAACUACGCCACGAGGUAUCGUCCCGGAUUGGAGCUCGUCCUGAAGAAAGUGAAUCUCCGAGUCGCACCUGGGACAAAGGUCGGAAUCGUCGGAAGAACCGGGGCAGGGAAAUCUUCGAUGACGUUGUCGCUUUUCAGAAUACUCGAAGCCGCCGAAGGCCGGCUCUCGAUCGACGGGAUGGAUGUGUCCAAAUUGGGCCUCCACGACCUGCGGCCGCGCUUGACGAUCAUACCGCAGGAUCCCGUAAUUUUCUCCGGCACUCUCCGCAUGAAUCUCGAUCCGAAUUCGAAUCACACCGACGAUGAGCUCUGGAACGCGCUGGAAAAGGCUCACGUGAAGGAGCAGUUUCGAAAUAAUGGACUCGAUACGGAAAUCGCUGAGGGCGGAAGCAAUCUAUCGGUGGGACAGCGUCAACUGAUCUGUUUGGCGCGGGCGAUUCUACAAAAGAAACGAAUUCUCAUCAUGGAUGAAGCCACCGCUGCUGUCGAUGUCGAAACGGACGCCCUCAUCCAGAAUACGAUUCGGGCUGAUUUCUCGGAAUGCACCAUCAUCAUCAUCGCGCACAGACUCAACACAGUUAUAGACUGUGACAGGGUGAUUGUGAUGGACAAGGGUGCCGUUGUGGAGGAGGGGGAGCCGACGAAAUUGCUCCUGGACCCUGAAUCUCGUUUCCAUAUGAUGGCCAGGGACGCAGGCCUCAGACCAUCAUUCAUUUUAAUGUUAAGCCUCUGUAAGCUGGAAAAUGCAAAACGGUGCCAAUGCCGUCGGUGCCGCGUCCGGCUCGGAGUUCUCCGACCCUCGAAUUCCGCGUACCCUUCCACCCAGCUCGAAUGA